AUGAUGAGCGUAGUGUGCACAAUCCUUCCAGAAGAUCCCUAUGAGUACAUGAUGAACCACGUGGUGUCCCGCCGUCCAGCACCCCCACCAUCGGAGACGGAGCUAUGCGGCAGCGGGGCACUGUGGGUUCUACUCAAGGAAGGAGAUCCACUCAAUCCGGAGCAUUGGCGCUUGCGGCGCUGCUGGCUCACCAGUAGCGGCACCUUUUGUUUAAGCACUGAGCCUGCCACCGUGACCAAACAUGGAGCCAUGCUGAAGAUGACAGUCGGCGGCUCCUUCCGCGAGUUGGACGAGGACGAAGCUGUGCGGCCCUUCGCCUUUGCAUUGAGCACCGGCGGGAAGCAGGUUUGUUUGGCGGCCGGCUCGGAAGAGCAGAGGGACGAAUGGUUCAACUUGCUGGGCCACUUUGCAGACGCCGACCGCCGGAAGGGGCCCUUGCCAAAGAGCGCAGCGAUCUUGUCCCCACGCACAUCCGGCGGUGGUACUCAGGUGGUGGAUGCCAUCAGCGCAGCAGAUGUACCCAUUGUGAUUCAGACAAAGAAGGCUAUAGAGGAAGAGAAAACCUUGAAGCCGAUCCUGAAGACAAAGCCUUCCCAGCCUAGUUCCAGCCCGGUUCCGGCGAUUCGUAUUCCACGGCGUAUGCCCGCGGAUCCCAUGGAAGCCUCCGGCCUCACGAGCACCCGCCGCAGCUCCAUCCGCUUCUCGGACGAGGUCGAGAAGCGCGAGUUCGCCGUCCAGCGCGCAGAUCCGGUGCCACAGAACCUACGAGCGCACGAGAGCCGCCGGAAGCCGCAGAUCGGCACAGUGCCCGUCGCCGAGCCGGAAGUGCCAGAGCGGCCCGAGCAGCCUGCCAACCGCGAGGAGCAGGUGGGCUCAGAAGGAAGUUUUUUUUGUUUUUUGCACAGAUCGUCCCCAGAGAAUAGGUAA